UACUAGCGGUUGCGGACACGGAGGACCGGACGCUAUGGGCAUCUUUUCCCGACUAGACCCGAUACGACGAGUCGUAAAGGUCCCGACGCUUCCUCGACGGCCGUGAGCAACCGCGCGGUGGCCGCCUCCCCAUGGACGCGCCCUUCGCCGCCAGGCGCCCCCCGCCGCCGUCCUGCAGCGCCGCCGCUUCGGAGCCCAGCUGCGCUUCCUCUCAGCCCGCCGGCGCCGUGUUCAGGCUCCUCUGCCCCGCGCCGAAGGCCGGCGGCGUCGUUUCGGGCUCGCGCGACCUCGCCGGCGCGAGAGUUCGCGUCCUCGACGAGCCUCCUCCGGCUUCCUCGCGCGACGAUCGGGUGAUUCUCAUAUCCUCCGCCGAAUGCGCCACCGCCAGCUCGAGCCUAACCGAGCUCGAAGACAGGAACAAUCCGGCCCCGGAUUCGGAAUCGAGCGGCGGUAUCGGCGCGAGCUCGAAUGUAGGGAGGCGCGAGGAGCUGUCCCCAGCGCAGCGAGCUUUAGUUAGGGUUUUUGAGAAGAUAGUUUCGAUGGAACGAAAUAGGGUGGAUGACGGCGCAUCGAGUGAUCCGAGCCGCAGUUCGAGCCCUCGCGAGAGCGGAAGUGGCAGGGGUUACGUGGUGUGUAGGAUGUUGGCGCGGAGUGAUCAGGUGGACCGUCAAGUUUUAGAGAGAAUCGAGAGCAUUAGGCAUGAGAGUGGGGCUUCCGUCACCGUAUUGCCCUUGGAUCAUCAGUCCUUUGCCUCUUCCAGAGACGAAUUGAUAGAGAUUACAGGAAAAUUCCCAGCCGUGAAGAAAGCACUCCUAUCUGUUUCAAGUUGUCUUCAGGAAAACCCUAGGGCUGAUUCAGCCAAGUCAGGUGCCACAGCCACUAAAGCUUCCGGAGGUUUGCCUUCUUCAACAUCUUCUCAUAUGGAUCCUUUUCCUAAAGAGGGCCAUCCAUCUGGACGGCAUGCCGCUGAUCAUCUAUCCAUGGGUUACCCUCCUUAUUCUGGGCCUGAGGUCAUCGGAGCCAACCGUAGGAUGGUGGUGGAAGAGGAGGUCAUAUUUAAGCUGCUAUGCCAGCGAGAAAAAGUUGGCAGUGUGAUAGGUAAAGGUGGCUCUGUAGUUCGUGCCAUGCAAAAUGAGACUGGCGCAUUUAUCAAAGUUGCUGAUGGUUCGCCAGAUUCAGAUGAGAAAGUCAUUAUAAUUUCCGCACGAGAGAACUCAGACCAAAUACGCUCUGCUGCACAGGACGCUGUCAUGCGCGUGCAUCACAGAAUUACAGAGAUUGGAUUUGAACCUGGAGUUGCAGUUAUUGCUAGGCUUCUUGUGCCUUCACAGCAGAUAGGUUUCUUGGUAGGUAAAGGAGGUUUCUUUAUCAAUGAAUUGAAGAGGGCUACUGGUGCCAGUAUACGAGUUUUUGUGAAAGAACAUUCUCCAAAGUUUGAUUCGCACUAUCAUGAGGUUGUGCAGGUUGUGGGAAACUUGCAUUCUGUACAAGAUGCUCUGUUUCAUAUAACUGGCAGAAUUCGUGAGACCAUAUUCCCAAUGAAAUCCCCGCGUUCAAAUUUUGCUGCCCCACCACACUUGCCUCCCUUCAAUGAAAUGCCACCCCCAUUUUCCAGGCCAAGGCAUAACCCACAGUCCCCAGGCCAUUACCCACAUUCUCCGGGCCGUUAUCCACACCCUCAUGGAAUGGACCGUCCUAUCCCUCCUCCGCCACCCUUUGAUUUACAGCCUCCAUUUCCUCAUGGAGUGGACCGGAGCAUUCCACCUAGAGAGCAUAUUCCGCAUCCUUAUGGGGGUGACAGACCAGGUUAUGGUCCUCCAUUUGACAGACCCCCUUCACCAAGAAUGUGGACUCCACAAGGUUUCAGUGGCAGUCAUCCUAGGGGAAUGCCUGAUUUUGGUUCCAGUAGGGCUCCAGGAAGUUGGCCUUUCGGAAGUGGAAACCCAGGCCCCAUGAUGGCGAGCGCAUCCAUUGAGAUUUUGAUCCCACAAAAUUUGUUAGGGCAUGUACAUGGAGAGGAUGAUAGCAAUCUGAAUCAGAUCAGACAGAUUUCAGGUGCGAUGGUGGACAUUCACGAUCAAAAGCAUGGGGCUUCUGAAGGUGUUGUAGUGGUCUCUGGAACAGCAGACCAAGUCCGAGCUGCUCAGAGCCUAGUCCAUGCUUUCAUUUUAUGUGGACAGACAUCCUGACUCCGUUCAGGUCGAGUUUGGCAAUGGCGAAAGCCGAGGAUACAUGGGAAAUGUAUCUAAAACGGACAGUUGUGCAUCUCAUCAGGCAAAUUGUAGAUAAUGUUACAUUGGGAUUGUUGUCGUCGAUAGGAUGUUUGCUGUUCUUGAUGGUUUCUUCCAGUGGUUUAUUCACAUGGUACAAAAUUCGGAAGAGGUGUCUUUGUUCGUCGAUGUAAAUGAAGGCCGGGGCGUUUGGUUUUUUAGAUCAUUUUCUAUCCAGUAAC